UGAUCCCACACUUUUCAAUUGUCUUUUUCAUGAUUAGCGUUGUCGAUUUUUAAAAUAUGGAAUGUGUUCAUCAGUCACAGGCGAGCAUUGAAAAAUAUGACGCAUUAUCAGAUUUUCUCAAGAAGUUUUACAUUCCAUCGUACGUUCUCUCGCCUGAAGACGAAGCUGUGGCGGUGCCAAGUACUCCACCUGAGAGCCCGAUUCUCGUAUUUAUCAACUCCAAAAGUGGAGGUCAACUCGGUGGAGAACUCAUUCUUACCUACCGUUCUCUUCUCAACGACAAGCAGGUUUUCGAUCUUAACGUAGAGACUCCGGAUAAGGUGCUACAGAGGAUCUAUCUUAACCUAGAGAGGCUAAAGCACGAUGCUCUGACUUGCAAGAUUAAGGAGAAGUUGAAAAUAAUUGUUGCAGGGGGGGAUGGCACAGCUAGUUGGCUCCUUGGAGUUGUUUGUGAUCUUGAGUUAUCCAAUCCACCUCCAAUUGCUACUAUCCCCUUGGGUACAGGAAAUAACCUUCCAUUUGCAUUUGGAUGGGGUAAGAAAAAUCCUGGAACAGACAAGUCUUCUGCGGAGUCAUUUUUGGCUCAAGUGAUUAAGGCCAAAGAGAUGAAGAUAGACAAUUGGCACGUACUUAUGCGGAUGAAGUCUCCCAAAAAAGGCUCUCUUGAUUCUAUCGAGCUACCACCUUCUCUACAUGCAUUUCGUCGUGCUUCUCCAUCAGAUCAAGCAAAUAUGGAAGGUUACCACACAUUUCGUGGGGGAUUCUGGAAUUACUUUAGCUUGGGGAUGGAUGCUCAAACAUCUUAUGAGUUUCAUUCUCAGAGAAAAUUACAUCCUGAAAAUUUUAAAAAUCAGCUGGUCAAUCAGAGCAGAUAUUUAAAGCUUGCUUGCAAACAAGGGUGGUUUUGUGCCUCUCUUCUUCACCCUUUUUCACAUAACAUAGCUCAGCUAGCACAAGUUAAGAUUUGUGACAAAAGUGGCCAGUGGAACGACCUUCACAUUCCCCAAAGCAUCAGGUCCGUCGUAUGUUUGAAUCUUCCUAGCUUUUCUGGAGGACUAAAUCCUUGGGGAGCACCAAAUCCCAAGAAACAAUAUGAUAGAAGCCUGACUCUGCCAUUCGUAGAUGAUGGACUCAUCGAAAUCGUUGGUUUUAGAAAUGCUUGGCAUGGUCUUGUUCUCCUCGCUCCAAAGGGUCAUGGAACAAGACUUGCUCAGGCAAAUCGGAUUCGGUUUGAAUUUAAGAAAGGUGCAGCGAAGCAUGCAUACAAGAUGGAUGGAGAGCCUUGGAAACAACCAUUGCCACUUGAUGAUGAAACUGUGAUAUUAGAGAUUUCACAUCAUGGACAAGUGAACAUGCUUACAACUGAAAAUUGCAUGUCCAAAAGCAUGUAUGAGUCUUCACCCAAAGUCCGGUUUAGUGAUGAUGGAACUGAAGAUGAACCAUUAGUGGCUAACUGUGAGGAAGAGUUUAGAAAGUUUGGUGCAGCUGAUACAUUUAAGGUUCCCAGUGAUGUUUGAUUUUCUUUCUGUUUCAGGAAGAUAAAUGUUUUUUUUUAAUUCUAAAAUAUAAAAUUUAAAGUUGUUUAUCUAUUUUUUAUUAACUGAUAAUGAUAUAUUUAAUUUUUUUAAAACCAAUAAAGUUUGUUGAACUAUUAUUUGUUUAAAAUAAUUAAUAUAUUAAUCAAACCUAAAUUUGUUAAAGAAAAACUGAAAAAGCUAUUAAAUGUGAAAGAGAAUAUCUAUUAUUUUAGUAAUCAUUUAGGGCAAUUGUCAAUAAUAGCACCUUUUGAAGUUUAUGUCCCAAAAAUAGCACUAGAAGGAGAAAGUCACAAAAAUAGGUUUCAUCAAAAGGGUAAUUUACCCUUAUACCCUUUGUUAUAAGAAUUAAAAAAAAACAUUUUAUUUCCUUCGAUCGCGAAUCCUGUCGUCUCCUCUCCGGAAUCUUCAAACCCUCACCGGCACUGUCGUCUCCGACUCGGGAAUCGUCGUCUCCGGCUCAGGAAUCAUCUUCUCCGACUCGGGAAUCGUCGUCUCCGGCUCGGGAAUCAUCUUCUCCGGCUCGCUAGUCAUCUUCUUCGGCUCGCUAAUCAUUUUCUUCGGCUCGCCAAUCAUCUUCUCCCGCUCGCUAAUCAUCUUCUCCGCCUCGCUAAUCAUCUUCUCCGGCUAUCUAAUCAUCAGCGUCACACUCUCUACUCUCAAAAUCGGACACAAAUCACUAUGUAGCUUUUUAAAAUUAGGGUUUUUGAAUUAAAAUUUGGGAAGCUUGCGUUUUGAUUUUGAUUUGUUUGUUACUCUUUCUUAUUAACCAGCGAAGCAAAUGAAAGACUUUUGAAUUGUGGGAACACAAAGUUGUUGGAGCAUAAUUCAUCUCUUUGAGGUAUGUUGCAGAUUCAACCUUCUGUGUGUUUGUACAAAUUUAUAAAAUAAAAGUUUGUUGUCUCUUGCUGCAUCUAUUGAAUGUUUUUAGAAGAUUUCCAGAAAGCAUUUGUUGCUGCAUCUAUUAAAUGUUGAAAAUUGAAACUCGGAUGGUAACACAUUUUGAAACUUUUUUGCUUGGAGUCUUGUUUUGAUUAGGAAUGUUGAUAUUUUUGAUAGGGUUUUGAAUUUGCUUAUGAGUCUUUUGUUGCUUGUGAAACUGUCUAGUGUUUAUAAGAAUUUCAGGAAGCAUUUGUUGUGUUAUUUCAGGAAAGCCUUCCAGAAAAGUUUGAAAUUUUUUUUUCCUUGUUUACGCAGGAUAGAAACAAGAUGGGAGAUUCAGUACCUCUAAAACUAGCACUGCCAGAGCUGAAGUAUCCUAUUGGUUCACAGCCAAAGGAAAAGUCAGCAAUCAACCAAUACUCUGGUUCAGAUUAUAUCUCUAUUGUCAAAAGCAUCCUAAAACCAGAUGAGAUGAUAAGAGUCCGAGGAUCAUUUCUGGGACCUGUAAUGAAGCUCAGUGAGAGAGGAUUGAAGUUAUCAGCAAAGAUAGUCUACGCCAUUCUCACUAGAAGCAUCGUUUCUGUUAAGGAGAAUGAAGCCUGGUUCCAUUUCGGUGCGCAGCCAAUGAGGUUCUCUAUAAGAGAAUUUCAUAUGAUGACAGGCUUGAAAUGUAGUGGUGCAUUAGAAGGACCACGAAGGGAAACCGAGAGAUUUAAUUGGGAAUUGCUAAAGGGGCGUAGUCAUAAGUUAAGUGACGUGGUGGACCAGCUCAGAAACACAAGAGAAGAUGCUUCUGAGGAGAGAAUAUGCCUCGCAAUGCUCAUCCUGGUAGAGAGCAUAUUAUUGCGGAAGAGCAAAGGAGGGAGUUUUCCUUUGGAAUAUGCGAAAAAUGCACAGGAUAUGACAUAUCCAUGGGGAAAAGAGGCUUACAUUGUGCUCCUGAAGUCAAUUCAAAACGCUGUCGCGAAUCAUUUGGAGAAUAAAUCCAAAUUUGAGUUGCAAGGUUAUCCUCUAGUAUUCCUUCUUUGGAUACUAGAGUCGAUUCCUUUGCUAAGGGAUAAGUUCAGUAAGUGUGUACCAACAGUUGAGGUUCCUGGGCCGACUUACUUGUGUGAAAAAUACACUGAGGUAGAGAAUCCAUCACUUGAUAGGGUUUUACAGGUUGAAGCUGAUACAAAGGUAAGCUUUUCCAAGUAUAUGUUUCUCAGUUUAUUUGGCUUCUUCUUUUUAAUAUGUUUCUCAUUGGUCUUUUUUUAAAUACUCUCAGCUGAAGGUCCAUUGCAUACUACCUUCUAUUCCUCAUGAUCCAGAAGAUGAUAUCUCCAUUGAAGACAAAUAUAGUGACGAGCUGGAAACAGUGAAAGAUGUAACAAAGAAAGGGUACAAGAUUACAGCCGAUGACUGGGAAAAUAGGUGUGUAGACACAUU